UUUGUUUCGCGUUCCAACCUAAGAUGGCGGCCGGGCGAAGAGACUGAAGGUUGCUGCGGCGGGACGGGGGGCGGCCGGCGGGAUGGCUCCGGCCCCGUAGCGGCUCCUUGUCCCCAGGGGGCCGCCCUCGCCCAGCGCCUGCCCCGGGCCGAGUUGGGGGCGCGGAGGAGCCGGUCCAUGGCCAGGAGGUGGCCGGUGCGGUCGCCGCUGCGGUCGCCGCGGCCCCCGUCGCCAUGGACCUGCGCACGGCCGUGUACAACGCGGCCCGCGAUGGGAAGCUGAAGCUGCUGCAGAAGCUGCUGGGCAGCCGGAGCCGGGAGGAGCUGGAGGCGCUGACGGCGGGACCCGGAGGUGGAGACGGCCCCGGGGGUGGCAGCACCCCGCUGCUGAUCGCCGCCCGCCACGGGCACCUGGAGGUGGUGGAGUACCUGCUGGAUCACUGCGGGGCCCGCGUGGAGGAGGGCGGCUCCGUCAACUUCGACGGGGAGACCAUCGAGGGGGCCCCGCCGCUAUGGGCGGCUUCCGCGGCCGGGCACCUGGGGGUGGUGCGCAGCCUCCUGGAUCACGGCGCCUCGGUGAACCAGACCACGCUGACCAACUCCACGCCGCUGCGGGCCGCUUGCUUUGAUGGGCACCUGGAGAUCGUGCGUUACUUGGUCGGGGAGCGUGGGGCUGACCUGGAAGUGGCUAACCGGCAUGGACACACGUGUUUGAUGAUUUCUUGCUAUAAAGGGCACCGGGAGAUUGCACGGUACUUGCUGGAGAAAGGGGCUGAUGUCAACCGCCGGAGCGUGAAGGGGAACACGGCCCUGCACGACUGCGCUGAGUCUGGCAGCCUGGAGAUCCUGCAGCUGCUGCUCCGCUCCAAAGCUCGCAUGGAGAAAGAUGGUUACGGCAUGACUCCGCUGCUAGCGGCCAGCGUCACCGGUCACACCAACAUUGUGGAGUACCUCAUCCAGGGAGGGCUGCAGCAGGAGGAAGAGGAGGUGGCCGGGAACCAAAACGGGACCUGUGCGUCAGGUGGGAGCCAUCAGAGGUGCGGCAGUGCCGGUCGGGAAACUCCUCAGGGCUGCGAAGAAGAGGGGCGUGAGAGAUGCUGCGCCUCAGCUUCCAGUCAGGAUGAGCAGCAGGUUCCUAACGUGUUCUGCACUCGAGAGGCUGCUGUGGAAGCGCUGGAGUUGCUGGGUGCCACGUUUGUGGAUAAGAAACGAGACCUUUUGGGAGCCCACAAGUACUGGCGAAGGGCGAUGGAGCUGCGCUAUGAGGGCGGGCAGUACCUGCCUAAACCCGAGCCCCGGCAGCUGGUGUUGGCGUACGACUAUUCGCGGGAAGUGAGCUCGCUGGAGGAACUGGAAGCCCUGAUCACUGACCCAGAUGAGAUGCGCAUGCAGGCGCUGCUGAUCAGAGAGCGCAUCCUGGGCCCUUCGCACCCAGACACUUCCUACUACAUCCGUUACCGAGGGGCAGUCUAUGCUGACUCGGGCAAUUUCGAGCGCUGCAUUAACCUGUGGAAGUACGCUCUGGACAUGCAGCAAGGCAACCUGGAGCCUCUCAGCCCGAUGACUGCCAGUAGUUUCCUUUCCUUUGCUGAGCUUUUCUCUUACGUGCUUCAGGACCGCUCCAAAGGCACUUUAGCGACCCACUUGGGCUUUUCUGAUCUCAUGGGAGUACUGAGCAAAGGCGUCCGGGAGGUGGAGAGGGCGCUGGUGCACGGCAAGGACCCCGUAGUCGACUCGGCACAGUUCACCAAGACGCUGGCCAUCAUCCUCCACCUGGUUUUCCUGCUGGAGAAGGUGGAGUGCACCCCAGAGCAGGAACACCAGAAGCGCCAGACCAUCUACCGCCUGCUGAAGUGCAGCCCCCGGGCCAAGAACGGCUUCACGCCGUUGCAUAUGGCUGUGGACAAAGAUACCACGACGGUGGGACGUUACCCAGUGGGCAAAUUCCCCUCGCUGCACGUCGUGAACUUGCUUCUGGAGUGCGGGGCUGACCCGGACAGCCGUGACUAUGACAACAACACCCCGCUGCACGUCGCUGCCCGCAACAACUGCCCGCUGAUCAUGAGUGCCCUGAUGGAGGCUGGAGCCCACAUGGACGCCACCAAUGCCUUCAAGCAGACUGCUUACGAGCUGCUGGAUGAGAAGCUGCUCACCAAGAGCAUGAUGCAGCCCUUCAACUACAUCACCCUCCAGUGCCUUGCUGCUCGCGCCCUGGACAAGCACAAGAUUCCCUACAAGGGUUUCAUCCCCGAGGAACUGGAAGCCUUCAUUGAACUGCACUAGGCUGGGCGAGCUGAAGCCCCCAGCCUUUCCCCUCACCUGUUUCACCCCGAAGAGGUCGAGCAGCCUGAGAUCUCGGGCCAUCCUUGUCAGGAUGCUGAAGGCUGGCGCCGCGCUGAGAGGGGCUGCGAGCUUCGUCCUCGGCUGUCACCAUCAGGCUGGCGUGUGCAGGGGUAGGGGAGGAGCAGGCUCGAGCUCGUGGCUGUCCCUCAGUGUUGGCAUCUUCAGGUACUAGAUACCUCCAGUGCACUGCAUCCAGAGGAGGCUGCAGCCCCUGCCCUUUCCCCUACCGACCGUCUUGCCCUGAGAAGGAAGGAAAAUGGAGAUCCCUGGGACCUGCUGCCUCUGCCGUUAGUGCUGGAUUAACACAGCGUUAAGCUUUGGAGCAGCUACACAUCACAUACGUGCUCUAGCCCCUCCCAUCCCAAAUACUGAGUAGAUAGGAAUGCCGGUGAGGAAUAAAAUCCCUCCCAACUAAUUCUUUCCCCACUCCCUUCUCAGAUUUGGUGCAGUAAAAGUCUAACGGCCGCGUGGCUCGUUCCCUGCUGAGGUAGUUGCCUUGCAUGACACUAGGGCUGGGUAUGCUGAGGGCUUUUUUUUCCCCCUCUUGGUUGGCCAUGUAGUAAGUGGUGUUAAAGGCCUGAGAUGUCAACGAUUGUGCAUAAACCUGAGUUAUUUUUUCUCUUUUAGAGCCAGGCCCUAUCUAUGCUGCAAGACUACUUCCAUCCUGUAAGAUGUAGUAAGGUCAGUUCUGGUUAUACAGUCACAUCGCUAGAUAACUGGUUUCUACAAAUGGGGAGGAAAAACCAUGACCUUAGAAAACUGGUGUGGAGCUCAGGCCCUUGCCUUGCCCACCCUGCACGCGUUAACUCCCCCAGGUGGGGUCCUUCAGCCCCAGAGCCCAGCAGAUGCUCACGCUGAGCUGUGCAGAGUGGGUGUCACCAGGGUUCAGAGCCAAAGCCGUGCGCUUUGAACCGUCAGUGAGGGGGUGCUCGUGGGCACCCUGCUAGGACGGGAGGUACCUGUAGGGAGGGAGGUGCUGGGGGGGGGGUUAUUAAAGCAAGGGAGUGUGGGGUGUUUGCAUGAGGGUGGUCUGGAGGAGGAAGGAAGAAGGAAAUGCAAGUUACAGGGGCCUCCUGAGGUUGUUGGUGUCAGCCCAGGGGGCUCUGGCAGUUAUCCCAUUCUGAGACCUCUCCAUGGGGGGGUCUUAGCGUCUGGUUUUGGCUUCUGACUCGUUUUGUAACUUCACUGAGCGUGGUGCUACUUCAGGGGUUGAAUUUGGAAUCUCAUUUGGCUUCUGUUCAGACAAGCUCCCUUCUCUAAUUGGAAUCCACACACAACUUGGUUUUUCUCUUUAAAUUCGUAGUCUCAGCGUAGGUAUUUGCCUCCGUUAGCAGAACCCUUCUCGGUGGUAAACAGCAGUGGUAAACACGAGGCUGUUCCAGCAGUUUAUCUUGCAGGGGGAGGGACUGGGCUUUGGCACCCCGUGGCUCAUAUUUUGGCCCCGGGCAGGAUGGAAAGCACGGUGGAGGGUGAAACAGCUGCCUCAGAGCUUUGGGAAAGGGCAAGAUGGGGAGUGCAGAACCCUGAUCAACAACCAUGCACUAUACGCUUCUGAAGCUUCUCUACGUGUAUUUAUACGCCAGCGUAUCCAUAAGCCUCAAUAACCCAGUGCUCUCUGCCCUUACAGAUCCCGCAGAUCUGCCGUUACAUUUUGCAGUGUUAACUAUAACUUUUAUUUAUAAAGCGAGGAGGUUUAACUUUUACUGAGAUGUAAAGUGCAGACAUAGUUUAGCUGCAUUCUAUUUUUUUUUUCUCCCUCAUUUUGGCUGAAACGAUCUAAACUGCAGGAAUGGAAUUUGUUAAUUUGUGAGCUGAUGAGCGCUCUUAACUUUAAAUAAUAAUAAAAAAAAAUGGCUGCUAGAAUGCAAGUGCCUUGGA